GUCUUGAUUAUAAUUUCUUUUUCAUCUUUGUGCCUCUUUUUGCCCAAAAGUUAUCAUUGUUUUAUCGAAUUUUUGUUGUUGUUGUAAUUAAUAAUGUUGUUAAAUUAUAUUCUUGUUUAGUCAACAAGUGUAAACAGGACUUUCUCUCAAAAGAUGGAUUUUCGCUUCAACUUUGGCUCCACAACAGAUACUACCAUGUCUAAUAUAAAGCAGUUGAAAAAUGCCAGCGAAAGAAAAGCUGUGAGACACGUAUUUAAUCCGAACUUUACAAACAAAUGGAAACAUCCCUUCAAAGAAUACACCCUCGACGGUAAAGCCAUGUAUUACAUAGAUCCCGAUGAAGUAAGCAAAGAAAUACAGUCAGAAGGAGACCUAGAAUGUCUCUCCUCUUCUGACCUUCAAUCAGGUGAAUAUGAAGGUGGUUUGAAAGUAUGGGAAUGUACGUUUGAUUUACUUAUUUAUUUGAACAACAAUGCAGAACUGCUAAAAGGUAAACGUGUGUUGGAUCUUGGAUGCGGGGCUGGCUUGCUGGGUUUGUUUACAUAUUUCCUAGAAGCGCAAGAGAUUUGCUGGCAGGAUUAUAACAAGGAAGUUGUUUUGAAUUUUACAAUCCCGUCGGUGGAUUGCACAAUGCAAAAGUUCAACGCUCCAUCGCAUGUUAAAAAUAAACUCACAUUUCUUUCGGGGGACUGGGAGAAUGUUAGCAGCUUUCUUUCUGACAACAAUUUUCCAAAGUUUGACAUAAUCUUAUCGUCUGAAACUAUAUACAAUAAAGAAUACUACCCGAAACUUUUGCGCAUACUUCAGGAUCAGUUACAGCAUGAUGGUAUGGCGUUGUUUGCUGCGAAGACAUAUUAUUUUGGCGUCGGAGGAGGGACGAAUGAUUUUACUGCUUAUAUUGAAAAACAUGGAAAUUAUAAAGUAGACUUGCUGCAAGCGUCCAGUGAAGGUGUAAAAAGAGAAAUAUUGAAAGUUUGUAAACGGGUAUAGAUCCUUAAUGAUAGUUGAGACAGUUUUAUUAAAGUGGAUGGAUUUGUAUUCUUAGGUCUGUAAUUGGGUCAACAGCAACUAUGAGGUUGAGCUAAUUGUUCAUUUAAA